AUGCCGAUAAAGCCGAAUCAUCGGAAGGCCCCCAAAACGAAGGAAGCUGAGAAGGUUAUAGUCCCAAAGUUUCCUCAGCCUGAGAGCUAUCGCAAUUGGCGCAUCAGAGUUCGUGACGCGGUUGUAGCUGCAUCUGAUAAGCCUGAUAAAGCUUUCGAGUGGUUGUCUAGGGUUUGGGAAGCCGAUAUGAAGGAGGAAACCCUUCGUGAUCCGGAAGGAUUCACCACCCUUGACGCUAAGAUUCUUUCAGUCAAAAAGGUCAAGGCUCUCUCGCAUGACAUCAACAUCUACGAAAGAGCUCUUGAAGGUUCCAAAGAACGGUCCUACAGUUUCCCGUAUGAUGCCGCGAACGCGCACCUCAACAGGAAGCGCCUUGAACGCAACCGGGAACGGAUGGCUCGACAGACGGGUGACCAAUGUAAGUACAAGCACCAGACUCCGGCCAAGGGACGCGGCCGCUCCGCUACGCCGGCUGGCUCACGAGCAAGCUCUGCAAGCCCCGGUGGUAAGCCUAAGAUCUGCAAGUUCUACAAGCAAGGACGUUGCGAUCGGGGGGAGAACUGCAAUUUUCUCCACACAGGCAAGCCAGGUGCAGCUGCGCCUUCCGAAACCAGUGGGAAGGGGUCAAAAGGCAAAGGGAAGAAGAAGGACCGCAAGAAGAAGAAAGAUCGCAAGUCUUCUCGCUCUAGCUCCAAGGGUUCUAAGGGUAGCAGGAAUUCCAAGGGAAGUCAAGGCUCCAAGAACUCGAAGGGCUCAGGCAGAAAGAAGCCUUCAAGCGGUAUCCCUGCUGCUGUAUGUCUCAUUAGUGCUCUUGUUGCUGGUUCGGCCACCCAAGCCGAUGCUUUCUCCCUCCGGAAGGAGUGGACGGACCAGGUCACCAAUUGCACGUAUCCCUAUAGUCUGGCGCUACCAGCGGUAAAUUUCAGCUCUGAAGUCGAUUACAUUAACAUUCCUGUUAGUGAUCCCAACGCGAGGUUCACUCCAGUAUCGCCCACCAACCGUAAGCAUCGAGGAGAAAAGCCUUUGGAUUUUGUUCCAGAAACCAGAGCAGACUCCAUCCGAGAGGCCCAGAUGUCAGCGAAGAUGCUGAAAGCUUCCAUCUCUACCAAGGACGACGUUCCGGCCUGCCGCUGGGAGUGUGAUUCGGAGAUUGGAUGUAAUCACUGUAUCCCAAAGGGUCUCAGAAUGUCGUGCCCUGCUAAGACUAAAGGGUCCUCUAAGAUGCUUAACCUUGAAUGGAUUGGCGACACAGGGAGUGCACAAGACCUAAUCGCAGAGAGGGAUCUCCAGCAUUUGAAGGCUUAUGAGUCUGAACAGCCGAUCAACAUCAUGACCGCGAACGGUCCCAGCUCUGCUGACAAGCAAUGUGAUGUCGACGUUCCGUCGAUUGCUAUUUCUGCCAAGCCUUAUGUGCUGCCCGACACUCCUUCAGUCCUCUCCAUAGGACAGCGUUGCAUGGAGCAAGGUUUCGAUUUCAUUUGGAGAGCCUGUACUCGCCCUUACUUGAAGACUCCUGAGGGUGAAAGAGUUUUCCUUGAUGUCCGAGAUAACGUGCCUUUCCUCAAAUCGUGGAAGGAGGGCACUGCUUGCCCUGCGCGUGAAUCUAAGUCCGAUGAGAUUCAGCCUGUUGCCAGAGAUGAAAUGCCUGAUCGCAGCUCUGAAGAGAUUGCUUUGCAGCUUCUGGAGAAGCACGACUUCUCGGUCCAUAAGGAUGUGAACAAUCACAAAGACCAUCUCAACGUUACGAUUGCCGUGGGAGAGUUUUCCGAUGGUGGCCUUUGGCCUUGGAAGGGUGAACGUUGGAGCAUUACUGCCUACACCUGUAGGUGCGUGCUGAACCGGACGUCGGUCCUCCUGCCCCGGCAGCGGCCGAUGCCCCCGAUGGGGAAGCAGCAUCAAGUGACGAUCCUGAAGCACCUGAACGUAGAGCUCGUAGUCGGAGCAAAGAUUGACGUUUGGGUUGGUCCGAAAGCCCAGCGCAAGGGUAGAGACAGAUUCGAGCCUACCAGUGAGCCUGCGAUCUUUAUGGGAUACAAGUUCCAGCCUGGUAUGAAAUGGCGCAAGGAGGUCUUUGCAAUUCAUCUCAAGCAGCUGAACAAGCAUGAUUUCCACGAGUGCCUGAAGCCAGUUAUUGCAUCGCAGCACAAGCUCACUGAUGGUAAGAUCGUUUUUCCCAUGCGUGAGAGGUAUGAAAGGGUUCAAGCAGGUCUCGCAUCAGAUGCCACUGAAGGACCUGUCAGUCAAUCGCUCACCAAUCAGGACGCUGAAGCUGCAGAUGAGCAACUGCCUGCACCCGCAGACCGAGAGGUCGAGCCGCCCAAGAAGGUACUUGAUCCUAAGACGGGAAAAGAAAUUGAUCUUCCUGAAGGGGGUCGGUACUAUGAUUCGGGGGGUACUCUUGGUAGAAAGUAUGGAGGCACCAGAGGUUCUAAGAAGCCCGAAUCCAUUCCCUCAUACCUUUGGGUCAACAUGUCCAAGAAACAGAAGGAGAAGGCCAUUGUUGAUGAGGCACGCGAACAAGCAUUGCGUGACAUGGAGACUCCUACCGAGGGUUCAGCCGGUAGCUCCUCUGCUGCCGCCGCAGCACCUGCUGCGAGCAAGGACCACUGGGAGGUCCGACUGAACGAAUGUAAGCUAAUACGCUAUCAUUACGUUCCCAGAAGAGAAAUGUUCUCACCGGACAUCACCGAUUGUCCGGUUGAUCUAUCGCGCAUCUCUAAGCAACGGAGUACAACUAUCAUUCCCGUAGGUGGUGUUGACGUCAUCCAUGAGGACGAUGAUUGGAAGAACGUUAGGAAGCGGAACAAAAAGACUAGUUUCAAGUGGAUCGGCAAGACUGAGUUCAUUUUGGACAGAAUCCACAGUCCCGCUCCUGACGGAGAUGGUAAGGACGCAUUCCCUGCCAUGCCUACUGUACCUCAUGAACCCGAGCAUCGCGAAAAGAUUUCCAGCAACCUUCCCGUCUCAGAGGACGAGGUACGAGAGCUUUUUGCUCUUGUCGCAAGGCCUGUUGGUCGCAGAGAAAUCCUCGAGGACCCGAAGGCCCAGGCUGCCCUUGAUGUUGAAUGGAACAAAUUAAUGGUUAAGAAAGCCUGGGACAUGGGAUCUGUUCGGGAAUGGAAAGAUGUCAGUGACGAAGCCAUCAAAAAGGGGAAAAAGGUUCAUGUUGGAAAAGUUUUUGAGAUCUGCGUAGAAAAAGGAAGUGAGCUUCCCAAAGGUGACCCACAACGGAAAUUUAAGGGUCGAACCGUGUUCCAAGGGAACAACGUCAAAGAUGAGAAUAGUGAUCAGGCUCUUUUCAGUGAGCUCGGAUCCAGUCCCGCCACGAUGGAGGCUGGGAAAGCGCUUGACGCCUAUGGGCACGCACCGGGCAACGACUGUCAGCAGGCCGACGGCAAACAAGCACACACCCAAACCACGCUCAAGGGAAAGGAAACAUGGGUUAGGCUUCCGCCUGACCGAUGGCCUUCAGAGUGGAAGGGAAAGUACAAAGAUCCUGUCGUGCGGCUGUCGGGCUUCAGCUUGUGUUCCCGGCAGUUUUCUUCCACCCCCAGCUUCGCCUUCUACUCGCAGUCUAUGUAG